GCAUGCAAGUCUCAAGGACACCCAGAAUCUUAGGUGUCAUGGGUGUUUAAUAUUACGCCGCGAAGGUUGGUGGGGACACACUUUUUCAAGACUGGGUACGGCAGACGUCGACCUGCCUAACACGAUCUUUAAGAUGUGUAGUGCGAUAAAGACGGUUAAUUUGAUCUGAUUCUAGCGGAAUGGAGUCUUGGAUGUAUAUACCCCUAAGUCAAAUAAUACAGGGUCUAAUAGCAACGUAGGGCUGCAAAUCUAGCGCCUUAGGUACCUGGUACGGUACCCAAGUAGCCUAGCCCCACUGCUCCAAACCGCUGGAAACGCUUAUUUUAAAGCCCAUAGCCGUAUCGAUAGGCAAUCCCGCCUUCUAAAGACAAAAUUUCCAUCGCCAUCGUCAAUUGAAUCCGCACAUCUUCAUGCAUUGUUGUACAUAUACACCUAAAUGUAGAUAAUCACGACUGAUUUUUUUUCUUUCUUUAUCAUUCAGAAUGUCAUCAACUCUACUACCGUUUUUAUACCAUACGAGGACAAUCCUCCGAGCGAAUCCUCGAACAACCGUCGUAUUCACUCGCUCUUUGCAUGCUACGAAUCGACGACUAAAACGAAAAGAUGAUAUCCCCUUCGAAAUUGAAGUCGGCGACGAAAAUGUCCCAUCGGAACCGACUCGCCGCAGUACCAUCACUCCCGAAGAGAGGCAAAUAUUCGAACGUAUUUUCGCAGAUAUAAAAGGCCGUGGUCUUCAACCUACUUUCCAGGAUGAUGCGAUAUCCCCUACGACGGCUCGUUCGACUAUGGUCAUCAUGCAACAAGCCGCCCAAAACGCCGGCCAGACCGGCACUUCUACUAUCGCAUCCCCCGGUCUCCUCGCCGGUGUCGCUCGAGAUCGAAACAAAGCCCUCCUACGAUUUCCACCCGACUUGCGCCCCGCCGCUAGUAAAGCUAUCGACGCAAUCAAGAAUUCGGCGAUAAAAUAUUCGGGUAACGAUGAUAUUGCGUACGAUGAAGCAUCUAUUGCAGCUGGGCAAGAGGAUCAGGUUGACGAAGGUUGGAAAACGUCACCUCAUGCGCUGGACCGUAUGGUCGAAUUGGAAAGCAAGCGUCAUCCAGAGCGUAGCCGCGUCGAAGGCUUAAUAAACUCCGCGAAGUCCGAUUUCGAAUUGUGGGAUGUCUUGGAACAGGAAGUCUUUACGAUGCCAGCGAGACUUGGUCUUAGUAGUCAAAAUACUAAAGAUGCGACAAACGAUUCCAUAUCCAGUAUUGAGCCUACAUCUUCCAAAAGGAAAUCAAGAAAAGGAAAACGAAAAGAUGCGACAGUAAAGACGGAAAGUGAGGAAUUACUUCAUGAGGAGAAACUAAGUGAAGAUAAGCAACUAAACUUAUACAUCCAUGGACCAUUAUACCCGGCAUACCUUCUUCUUGCUCUUCGACGUCUUGAUAACGGCUUUCGCAUGCCAUCACCCCUCGCCUUCUCAAUUCUCCCUCGGAUCAAAGAGCUAGGGUUGGAAUCUUACGUUCUUGGUGUCUCAACCCCAUUUUACAACGAACUUCUCAUGAUCUACUGGACUCGUCGUGGGGAUUUACUUGGAUUGUUAGAACAUUUAGAAGAGAUGCGCCGUUGUGGUCUCUACUUCGACGCACAAACCCCAGCCGUGUUAAACCGAGUGGAGGCCGAUAUAGAUUCAAUGGUUAACACAAAACCUCUUAGUUCCUUUGGACGGGCAAUUAUAACAAUGCCGCAAUACCUAAAACCUGUACGGAAUCGCCUUAGAUAUUGGCAUACGGCUGUGGAUAUAUCGGUUAGGCAAAGGGAGGCGGAUAUGGGAUUUUAAACCUGCAUCUCGAGGUUGGGCAUUGACCAUUGUUCAUCGACGUAACCAUAAAAUACUACAUUCAGCUCUAACACCAUGCUAUGUAUGAACAUAACGAAAUAUCUACAUCAAGGAUUAACAUUAUCAUUUACUUCUAUAUGCACAUCUUAUUUAGCGUAACAAUUUAUUUCGGCCUAAUCCCGAUUCAUGAUCGGAGUUUGACCGAUAUGAACGGCUUCGUAUCGCUACUUCUCGGGCUAGAAGAUCACGGUACCUACCUUAGUUGGGGUAUCUAUCUUUCUACGGAGCCGAUUUAUUUCAUCAUCGCAAAAUGACAUUCGAUGAAAGUUACGACGUCGUAGUUGUAGGAGGUGGGAAUGCCGGAUUUUCGGCUGCUACUACUGCGGCUCAGUCCGGUGCUCGGG